UGAGCAGGGCAGCCCGGAAGAGAGCAGUUCACGGUAUGGUGGUGUAGAAGUUCGCUAGUCACAGUUGAAGCAAAGUAAAGCCGAGUUCAUGACCAAAAGACUCCGCCAUUCCAUAAACCUUCAAUUCUGCAACUCAAUAAACCUGUCCAUCCAUCCAUCUACCUUUUGGCCAUUCCCUGUGUCCAGCGUCCUUUGCGGCCUCCUGUAUUCUGACCGAUACACCAUCUUGUACACUAUAUACACCCAAGAUCUAGCGUAUUACCCUCCCCAACAUUGUGGUCCUUCGAGUCGGAUAUAGUGUUCAGGAUGGAGCAAGAUCAAGAAAGAUACCUGGAUGUGAGGCCAAAACGUCGGACGCACUCCCCAGCUUGGAUGCAGGACUUCGAGAUGAACUACGUGGGAUAUGAGCACAGCGGCCAACCAUGGUGGGACUCGUUUACACCGACCCCAACAGGCAGACCGUCAUAUCCACAGAAGGGACUAGUCCAGACGAUCUCCUCGCAUGCACCUCAACUUCACCCGGAGAGCUUCAAGGAUGCUGCUCAGUAUAGAGCCCCUCAGCUAGCCUCAAGCUUCACCCAGAGGAGGAAUGCGGAUGAUAGAACCUUAUCUGCACCUGUCCAAUCAUACCAACAACAGCCAACCCAGGACCCGAUGUACCACCCGAACCGCCAAACCUUACAAGAUGAGAAUGCGGUUCUGCGUGAGACUCACGAAGCCAUCCAUGCCGGACUGAAGGAGCUAAAUAAAGCCCGUAGUGACCUUCAGCAGCUGAUUGACGUGGCCCACUCUCUAAGAACAGGCACGAGUCAAGUGAACAUCCCUCUACCAGCAUGUUCCAGUCCCAAACCACCUGAUGGGGCCGUCACCACGAGCAACAGCUCGACAUUCACUGAGUCAGAGGAAGAGGAGGAUUGGCCUGAUCCCCCGCCAUGGCCUGAACCCGAGGAAGCCCUAAACACCAACCUCAGUGCCUUUAAUCUGGGAGCUCAUCAGUUACCUCCUUACCUGACUCCACCGAAGACCAAGCCUCUACACUACAGGCUUCAGCCACAACCAGCCCAAUUCCGUCAUCCACAGUUCAUUCCUUCUAGCCGUGAGUCCUCCCAUGUUCCUCCUGUACCGCCAUGUAACUUACCCUUACCUCUAAGAGCAUCCCCAACUGGUCCAUCACAUCUUCAAGUCCCACACUCUCACAGAACCACCCCUUACAUGCAACCUCCAUUCCCAGAGCCAGUGUACAGAGGACCCCAACCGACCAUUCCCAAGUUCACUUUCCCGGAUUCUAGUGAGUUUGCCCGGCUACGUAUAGCAUUAGAGAACCUCCUCCCCUCCAAUGCUACAGAACUCUUCAAGUAUCAGGUACUAGUAGACCAUCUUAAGUUAGAGGAGGCCAAACUGAUAUCUGACGCCUAUCUAAACUCCCCAACCCCCUACACGGACACCAUGACAGCUCUCUAUGACAAAUAUGGUCAACCCCAUCAGCUUGCCCUAAAGAAGAUAUCCAGCGUCCUGGAUGGCCCAGAGGUCAGGCGGGGUGAUCCAAUGGCGUUCCAGAAAUUUGCCCUUCAAGUUCAAUCACUGGUGGGUCUCCUCCAAACCUUGGGCCACAAAGGAGAAAUUGAACUAAGUUGUGGCUCUCACAUAGCUCGCCUACUGAGUAAGCGUCCUCCUGAACAGCGGGCCGAUUUCCGCCAUUCCCAGCCCACUCGAUCUGGAGCCACAUCCACCUUGAGGGACCUGUCAGAGUGGCUUCGCCACGAGUCAUGGUGUCAAGACUUUGACAAUUCUACCAGUAGCCGGAGCUCCAAGGAGAAGCAGAGCACUAAAGGGAACAUUCGUCCUGUGGCUAAGCAAACAGCAGUCCUGCAUAGUAGCCAGGAGCCCUCAGUGAAACUAGUUAAAGAGAAACCUGUCAAAGGGAAAGACAAGUCUAAGGUAUACUGUGCCUAUUGUGAGAGUACAGACCACUACCUCAGCCAGUGUAGUGGUGUAGCCCAGCUCACCAAAGACGAGCUGAAAGAGUGGAUCCAGGAGCACAAGCGGUGUUGGCGCUGUGCCCGUCAACACUUUGCCGCUCAGUGCAACCUCAAGAAACCCUGUAACCUUUGUCAAGGCAAGCACCUUCUCGCUCUCCACGAGAUUAACAUAAGACCUGAGAAAGUUAAGGAUGACUCACCUCCAAAGGCUGAAAGCUGCCUGACUACCUGUGCCGCCGAGUCCUUCUACCUUGACCGACCACAUGUGGGGAACCGAGUCAUGUUGAAGGUGGUGCGAGUACACGUGCACUAUGGUAGUCAGAAGUUAGACACCUUUGCUAUACUGGAUGAUGGGUCUGAGAGGACUAUGCUGCUCCCCACCGCUGCGCUCGGACAUCCAAGUUUUGCAUGGCCAUACAGUGUCAUUCCGGGUCUCCUCUCCCACCAACCAUUAGAUAGACGAACUCGCAAAAUUGUUAGGUGCGCCAGUGUGUGGAUUAGAACAUAGCAAUUCUUGUGUUAAGUGUUGAUCACAAUUUGGAGUCAGAUCAAUAGCUAAAAUCCGUAUCCUAACAGUUUCUUGGUGACCCCGUACGUGAUGUCAAGAGAAGGGUAAUUGACAAACUCGUGGUCUGUGUCCAAGUCAUCGGACAGUUAGUCUGGGACAGCUGUCUCCCGGUCGGCGUACCGUUUGGGAAUAAGGAAUAAGCGCACAACGUUGAGCUGGUACGACGUCUCCUAAACCCUGAGCUCAUCAAUGAUAAGGUAAGCAGGAUACCUGUUACUAUAUGUCGAAAUUCUGCAAAUUGAAAGAGGAAAUUUAAGAGGAGACUGUCGUUCAGAUCAAAUAAGGUGUGCAAGAAGUUAAGUUACACAUACGGUAAAUAAGUUUGGAACUUACGUGUGUAUUAAGUUACAUAUACGGUGAAUAAGUUUAGAACUUACGUGUGUAACGUGUACGGUAAAGUCAGGGACUUGCGCGUACUAAGGAUAGGUCAGGGACCUAGUGCUUCGUCGUGGCGGACAAGGGUGCGGUGACGAUCGCAUUCAAAUAGCUGGGGUGCUUGUGAGAUCCCCGAGGAGAAGUGAGGCCUCCUCAAAAAGUAUCCGGUGGUAACAGUUCCUCCUGUGAGAGACCAGACCGCUAAAAUAUCCAAAAUGUGCAACCAAAUUGGGGGGAGUGUGUGUGUGAUGAGAAGAAUGAAUGGAGUGAUAUGAGAGGAAUGUAUGCUGAUGUGGAAGCGCAAAUCGUGAGCUACAUGAGAGAUGGAUUCGAAUCCCUUUGUCUGUGUGUUCUGUGUAUGUGCGUAAUCUCUGUAAAAGAUUCGGCUCAUACCGGCAAGGGUGGGGGCCAGCAGGACGUGCGGGCCUGGCCAGAUUGUGACGUCAACAUUCAUACAAUGUUGAGGAGAAGUGAGAGAAGAGAGGGGGGCUAACUUGUAAAUAGUGAUGAGAUAAUUGUUCAAUUGAUGGGGGUUAAUAAUUAUCCAAAUUUCGGUGCAGUCAUCACCUACUAAAUUAAUGGCCUGCAAGUACAAUGUUGUUGCUGUGGUCCCUCAAAACAUGUCGGAGAAAUCAACGCCAACAAAAAAAAUUACAU